AUGUGUGGCGGUGCAAUCAUCUCCGACUUCGUACCUCCCACCGCCCGCGGUGGCCGCUCCUACUCCAGGAAGCUCACCGCCGAUUUCUCCUGGUCCGGUCUCAAGUCCAACUCAGUCAAACACAACAACAACAAGGCGAAUGCCAAGCCCGCCGUCAUAGAUCUGGACGACGAUUUCGAGGCCGAUUUCCGCGAAUUCGUGGAUGAUUUCGAUGUGGACGAGGACGCCUAUGAUGUGGACGUCAAGCCCUUCGCUUUCUCAGCCCCUCCUCCUCCUCCUCGAUCCAGAGCUGUGAAGCCCGUGGAAUUCAGCGGUCAAGCUGAGAGAUCCGCAAAGAUGAAGAGGAAAAGCCCGUACAGGGGAACCAGGCAGCGUCCAUGGGGCAGAUGGGCCGCAGAGAUCCGCGAUCCGAGGAAAGGAGCCCGCGUCUGGCUUGGAACAUUCGGCACCGCCGAAGAAGCCGCCAGAGCUUAUGAUGCCGAGGCUCUCAAAAUCCGCGGCAGGAAAGCCAAGGUCAACUUCCCUGUUGCUGCUCAAUUUGCUGCUUCAAAUCCUAAGCAACUCCCAACAAGGAGCAAAGCUCAUCGGGGGCCCGAUUACUGCAGGGACUAUGCCGAGCAAGAGUUGUUCGACUCUAUGAGCUACGUGGAAGAGAAACCAUCACUGAACCUGCAGCUCGGUUCAGAUUUGGGGAGCAAUAAUUCCUUUGAUUUUUGUGAUUUUGGAUGGGCCCAGCAGGAAGGCCCAAAGUCUGUGUUUCAAGCUGGGCCUGGAUUCAAUGAAUCCGAGGGCGCCGUUCCCAGCAAGAAACAGAACUGCAACAACUCUGCUGGUGCUGCCGAGGAGGAGAACAAAGGGUUUAAGUGUGAGGGAGGAGAGGAGCUGUUUGGGUUUGAUAAUGGUAGCAAGUAUCUUGAGAUGAUGCAGUAUAUGGAAGGAGGCAGCUGGGAGGCUUCCCUUGAGAAUCUGCUUAAUGGUACAACUACAUCAACAAUGGAGGAUGGUGGGAAUAACACAAUGGAUAUGUGGAGCUUUGAUGAGCUCUUCGAUUUGGCUGGAGGAGUUCAUUGA